UUUUUUUUUUACUAAAUGAAUAAUUAAUAUUUCAUUUGUACCGUUUUUCUAUCCAGAUUGGCACAUGCGUUGGGAAAGACGCCCACCCUGCAGCAGAGCUUACAUGGACGCGGAACGGAAAGCCCCUGAUUGCUGAUGGGAAAGUGGUGGUGAUCAGCUCCAGCGUGAAGAUGGAGCCCGCCACGCGGCUCUCCACCACCUUCUCCACCCUGCAGUACACCGCCACCAAGCAGGACGCCGACGCCGCCUUCGCCUGCUCCGCCGCCCACCCCCUGGGCGCUCAGGUGUCCGCGCCAGAGGUGUUCCCUAUCCACUACCCCACAGAGAAUCUGAGCCUGCAGGUUCUCUCCAUGGGGCCCAUCGUGGAGGGGGAAAACGUGACGCUGAAAUGUCAGGCGGACGGAAACCCUCCACCAGUCAGCUUCAACUUCCACCUCAAGGGUGUCCAGGUCCCCGUGGUGGGCUCCAACACCUACACCUUGGCCGGCAUCACAAGAGACGCCGCAGGCGAAUACAAGUGCUCGCUGGCGGACAACGCUAGCAUUGAGGACGCGCAUGCUAUCGAAGUGAACUACCUGGACCUGAGCCUAAGUCCCACGGGGAAAGUGCUGAAGAAGAUUGGCGACAAACUGAAUGUGACCAUGGAGAAGAACACUUCUGGCCACGCCAAGGUCUCGUGGACCAAGGACGGCAAAGCAGCCAAAGCGCCGGCGUUCGAGCGGCUGACGUACGCGGACGCGGGCGUCUAUGUGUGUGAGGUCGCCACGGGGACGCUGAAGCGCAGCCUCAACUUCCAGCUGGUGGUGGAAGGUGUGCCCGAGAUCACCAGCCUGACCAAGCAGCGAGCGGACAGCCACAAGGUGCUCACCUGUGAAGCCCUGGGGGUACCGGAGCCCAGCUUCCAGUGGAGCGUCAACGGCACAGAGGUGGAGAGCAGCUACGCCAACGCCAAGGCCACCCACAGGAUCAGGGUGGAGCCCGCCGCCAACCUCACCGUCACCUGCAGCGUCCGCAACAAGCUGGGAGAGGACGCCCGCACCAUCACCGUCUCCUCACUCAUUAAGGAGAAGACCGAGGAGAAAGGGGUUGGGGAUGAAGGUGAUGACCAGUCCAAGUUGAUCGUGGGGGUGGUGGUGGGUCUCCUCGUGGCUGCAGCCUUGGUGGGCAUCAUCUACUGGAUCUACAUGAAGAAGAGGCAAGGGACCUGGAAUACCAACGAGAAGGAGGUCGGCACGUCUGAGGAGAGCAAGAAGCUGGAAGAGACCACCAACAACCACAGCAUCCCUUAGAUGAUGGAUGCCACCGCCCCCAGGGACAGACCAGAGAACGUGGUCGAGAGACACCAUAGCAAGUUUCCAAAAUGAAGACUCCCUCACCCUCACUGGCUGCCGUAGACGCCCAUCAUCAGCCUGAACGCCAGCAGCGGCCAAUGAUAACACAGCAACGCUACACUAAGCCCUGCCCACUUCAGACCUGCUGUUGGAUCCCCUAACCACUUCCCCCCCUCCACCACCGCCAUCACUACUCCCCCGGCCUCUCUCUGUGUAAAGGUCUGCACUGUGGCUGCCCUCCAUGUGUAUUCCUGUAAAGUUAUGUUCCUGUGUUCCUGGUGAAUGCUUUUGUUUGUGUUUAAUUUUCAGUUCUGUCAUUAUUUCGAGGUCACGUUGCUUGCAAACAGAGAGUAUUUGUUAUUUUCUUCUUCCCCCUUCAAAGAAUGUACAUUUUCUUGUUUUGUUUUUCUUGUUGGUUUUGUAAGGGCCCCUGUGUACCAAAGCCUAAUAAUUUGUGUGAUUUGGGAUAAGCAUGCAUAUUUUGUUCUUUUGCGUCUUUUUUGUGUGGAUUAAAGAAAUAAUAUUAAUCUGAUUGUGGAGAGAUGAACCACACUGUCACUGCUGUUCUCUAAAGUGUGUAGGCUGUGGAACGUCAGCCAAUCAUCCCCGUUCAGUCCUUCUAGGGUGAUAACCGGGAGGACAUGCUAUCAACUAACCUCCCCCCUCUCCCCUUAAUCCCUCUUCAUCUGACAUGGUUUUGUUCAAAACUCUUUCAAAAUGUAACGUGUCGUGCAGCAGUUGUAUUCAAAGCACAUCGGACUCACCUUCCGAUGCAAUUUAGAAACGAGCUGAAGGGUUUGACAAUGGAUUGCACUAUUGGGAUUGAAUACUACAAAGUACUCAGUGCCAAUCACGAGCCAUUGGCAGUGACAGGCCCGGGAGGCCCGGUUCUUUUUGCCUUGUAUGUAAAUGGCAUCGGUCGCACUCGUGUCGGUGUGUUAACGCGCACAGGGGCCCAGAGAUGGAGCGUCACAAUGGACCUGUGCACCAAUUACUUGUUGCACCGUUGUGCAUUUGCUAUUGCCGCUUCGCUUUUUUCUUCACUUUACUUUCCUUUCUACUCCGAGGGUUUAAAUGUGAAAAGGACAAAAUGUAAAAAAAAACAA